GGCGUCCUGACUUGCGCCAUCGCUGUCGGUCGCUCUUUUUUUCACUCUUUCUUCUUCAUUCAUACACAUAUUAGACACAAUGGCAACCUCAAUACCGCGCUCACGUUGUUUUCUCACAUCCUCUACACUGAAGGUGGUCCCGCGCUCGAGAACACCAUUAAGAAGUUUUGCCACAACCUCCGAUACUCCACAAACCUCAGUGCCCGAGGCCCCGGGAAAGCGAUCACGACCCCCAACGUCGUUUAGCGAUACCCUCAAUGCUGGUCCUUCAUUUGGUGACUUUGUGAACCCCAACGCGCCCCUCUCCCCCACCGAAGCCUACGAAAUCAAGACAGUACAAGUUGGGCCCGAAGGCCGCAAGAAGACCAUCACACGACUACCAGAGUGGCUGAGAACGCCCAUACCCUCGAAUGCGAACCAAAACUACAAACAGAUCAAGAAGGAUCUCCGCGGUCUGAACCUGGCCACCGUAUGCGAGGAGGCGAGAUGUCCCAACAUCUCCGACUGCUGGGGCGGAAGUUCCAAGAGUGCGGCAACGGCAACCAUAAUGCUCAUGGGUGAUACCUGUACACGAGGCUGCCGUUUCUGCGCUGUAAAGACUUCCAAGGCACCUCCGCCACUGGAUCCCCACGAACCGGAGAACACUGCGGAGGCGCUGCGGAGAUGGGGUCUGGGCUAUGUCGUCAUUACCGUCGUUGACCGCGACGACCUCGCGGAUUCAGGAGCCCAUCACAUUGCCGAGACAAUCAUGAAGAUCAAGCAGAAGAACCCGACACAACUCGUCGAACUGCUGGGCGGAGACUAUGGAGGCAACUUGGAGAUGGCCAAGGUGGUGGCGCGGAGUGGCGUUGAUGUAUUUGCGCACAACAUCGAGACUACCGAGCGCCUUACGCCCUUUGUACGCGACCGCAGGGCCAAGUUCAGGCAGAGUUUGGAUGUUUUGAGGUCGGCAAAGGAAGAACGACCAGAGCUCAUCACCAAGACGAGCAUGAUGCUGGGUCUUGGAGAAACAGACGAGGAUCUCUGGCACGCGCUGAGGGAACUCCGCGCAAACAAUGUCGACGUCGUAACCUUUGGCCAAUACAUGCGACCUACCAAGCGCCACAUGGCCGUCCACGACUACGUCACCCCCGAUAAGUUUGAGCUCUGGCGCCAGCGUGCCCUCGACAUGGGUUUCCUAUACUGCGCCUCCGGCCCACUCGUGCGCUCGAGUUACAAAGCCGGCGAAGCCUUUAUUGAAAACGUACUCAAGAAGCGAAGGCUGGGUAGCAGCGCAGGCAAAAAUGACGUUGCUGAACUGAGUGCCGCAGAGGAAGUUGGCAAGGCGUUAUGA